AUGCUAAAGACGCAGGCUCUUGCAUCAUGUCACGGCUCCACUGAGGAGGUGUCUGCUUCACGAUAGGGGCAGCGGAAGGCGGAAUAUGAAGAAUUCGACGCCGAAAAGAAAAGGAUUAUGGGACAAAUCAGGGCUCUGAAAAAAGAGAUCAGAGAAAUGAGUUCUGCUAAACCGACUCAGUUGGUAGACCUGGAAGAGCUGAAGAAGAGCGGUAGACCGAUGCGGGAACUGAAGAAUUAUGAGGGAAAGACCCCUGAAGAGGUGAUGGAAUUAUUGGACCUACAUUGCAUCGACCUACAGAAGAAAUUGGACCUCACAAAGUAUGAAAUCGGAAAGAGAAUCGCUUUUGAAGUUCUAGGAACAAAAGAGAGACACGUCAAAAGAACAGAAUGGCUCACAGAAGACAGAAAACAGAAUCAAUGA